AUCAUGUCUCUGAGUAGCGCCUUCAGGGCUGUGGGCAACGACCCUGGGAUCAUCACCUGGAGAAUUGAGAAAAUGGAGCUGGCACUGGUGCCGCUGAGUGCCCACGGCAACUUUUAUGAGGGGGACUGCUACAUCGUCCUCUCGACCCGGAAAGUGGGCAGUCUCCUCUCCCAGAACAUUCACUUCUGGAUCGGGAAGGAUUCCUCCCAAGAUGAGCAGAGCUGUGCAGCCAUCUAUACUACACAGCUAGAUGACUACCUGGGGGGCGGCCCCGUGCAGCAUCGUGAGGUGCAGUACCAUGAGUCCGACACCUUCCGUGGCUACUUCAAGCAGGGCAUCAUCUAUAAAAAGGGAGGUGUGGCCUCAGGGAUGAAGCAUGUGGAAACCAAUACCUAUGAUGUGAAGCGGCUGUUACACGUGAAGGGGAAGAGAAACAUUAGAGCUACUGAGGUACCAGUGAGCUGGGACAGUUUUAACCGAGGUGAUGUCUUCUUGCUGGACCUCGGGAAGGUCAUCAUCCAAUGGAAUGGCCCAGAGAGCAACAGUGGAGAGCGUCUGAAGGCUAUGCUUCUGGCAAAGGAUAUCCGGGACAGAGAGCGAGGGGGCCGUGCUGAAAUAGGAGUGAUUGAGGGAGACAAGGAGGCAGCCAGCCGGGAGCUGAUGAUAGUCCUUCAGGACACUCUUGGCCGUCGCUCCAUUAUCAAGCCUGCAAUCCCCGAUGAGAUCAUAGAUCAGCAGCAGAAAUCAAAUAUUAUGUUGUAUCAUGUCUCAGACACAGCUGGUCAGCUGGCAGUCGUGGAGGUGGCAACCAGGCCGCUAGUUCAAGACUUACUAAACCAUGACGACUGCUACAUCCUGGACCACAGCGGAGCCAAGAUCUAUGUGUGGAAAGGAAAAGGAGCUACAAAGGUUGAGAAACAAGCGGCCAUGUCCAAAGCCUUGGGCUUCAUCAAGAUAAAGGGUUACCCCAGCAGCACCAACGUGGAAAUGGUCAAUGACGGUGCUGAGUCAGCUAUGUUCAAGCAGCUGUUCCAGAAGUGGUCAGUGAAGGACCAGACCACAGGCCUGGGGAAAACGUUCAGCAUUGGUAAAAUAGCUAAAGUUUUCCAGGACAAGUUUGAUGUGACUCUGCUACACAACAAGCCAGAGGUAGCUGCCCAGGAGAGAAUGGUGGAUGAUGGCAAUGGGAAAGUUGAGGUCUGGAGAAUUGAGAACCUGGAGCUGGUCCCUGUGGAGCAGCAGUGGCAUGGCUUCUUCUAUGGGGGAGACUGCUACCUGGUUCUCUACACGUAUGAGGUGAACAGAAAGCCACACUACAUCCUGUACAUCUGGCAGGGCCGCCAUGCCUCACAGGAUGAGCUGGCAGCUUCAGCCUACCUAGCAGUGGACAUGGAUCAGCAGUUUGAUGGGGCCCCCGUUCAGGUUCGGGUCAGUAUGGGGAAGGAGCCACGCCACUUCAUGGCCAUCUUCAAAGGAAAGCUGGUUAUCUAUGAGGGUGGGACUUCCAGGAAAGAAAACCCUGAGCCUGACCCUCCCGUGAGGCUCUUCCAGAUUCAAGGAAAUGACAAAUUUAACACCAAAGCAGUGGAAGUGCCAGCCUUUGCUUCCUCCCUAAACUCUAAUGAUGUCUUCCUGCUGAGAACCCAGGCAGAGCACUACCUGUGGUAUGGCAAGGGGUCCAGUGGGGACGAGAGGGCAAUGGCUAAGGAGCUGGCUGGGCUUCUCUGUAAUAGCACUGAAGACACUGUGGCUGAGGGCCAGGAGUCUGCAGAGUUUUGGGACCUACUGGGAGGGAAAACCCCUUAUGCCAAUGACAAAAGACUACAGCAGGAAACCCUAGAUAUCCAGCCCCGCCUCUUUGAAUGUUCCAAUAAGACAGGUCGGUUUAUGGUCACUGAGAUCACAGACUUCACCCAGGAUGAUCUGAACCCAGGUGAUGUGAUGCUCCUGGAUACCUGGGACCAGGUGUUCUUGUGGAUUGGAGCUGAGGCCAAUGCCACAGAAAAGGAGAGAGCCCUUGCGACUGCCCAGGAAUACCUGCAUACUCACCCCAGUGGCCGAGAUACCAACACCCCAAUCCUCAUCAUCAAACAGGGAUUUGAGCCUCCCAUCUUCACAGGCUGGUUCCUGGCCUGGGACCCUCAAAUUUGGAGUGCUGGAAAGUCAUAUGAGCAGUUAAAAGAGGAGCUGGGAGAUGCUGCUGCUAUCAUUCGAAUCACUGCGGAUAUGAAGAAUGCAACCUACACUCUGAAUUCUGAGAAUGAGCCAAAAUAUUAUCCUGUAGAAGUUCUACUGAAAAAUGUGGAUCAGGAGCUACCUGAAGAUGUAGAUCCUGCCAAAAAGGAGAAUUACCUCUCUGAAAAGGACUUUGUGUCUGUCUUUGGCAUCACAAGAGGACAGUUUACUGCUCUGCCUGGCUGGAAACAGCUCCAACUGAAGAAAGAAAAGGGGCUUUUCUAA